AUGCUAGGCAAGCAAUACCACAACAAUAUGGAGCACCCGAGGAAUGUAUGGCGGCGCUGGAAGAACGACACAACUAUCAUCGGAGUAUCACGGAUUGAACAGUUUCGUAAGAAGGAGGAAUUUGUGUGGGGAUUUGUCACGCUGUUGGCUGGGUUUAUUGUGGUUUUUCAGUGCUCCAAUCUCUCAUUCCGCUUCCUACAAUUCGAGGUGAAAACGUCGACCUCGCUAGUCGCUGGUCAUCUACGAUUUCCAGCGUUUACCAUUUGUAAUAUCAACCCGUAUAAGGCAUCUGAAUUGGCAAAACUUUGGCAGUUUGUGGAGAUUCUCGAUUACCUAAAUAUAUCACAGACCGGGCUACCACCGGAGCCUCGCGUAUUGCUGCCAAAUGAGAGUGUCGAAUCGUUGUCUCAAAAAGAGCGCUACAACGUCGUCGUCUCCUCAUAUUGCAAAUGUAACGUCACCGGAGAACAGGUAUCCUGCGUACUCGACCAGCAACAGUCCAGCGUCUCGCUUUACGCUUGCGUUUGUAUGAUGGUAAAGUCGAUCUGGUCGUGCGUAAAGUGUCCCACAAAUCAGACUUGUCAUUAUCGUCAUAUAGCACUAAUCGAAGAAAAGAUGAACACUUAUGGUUUUAACAUCCGAGACGGCGGGAUCGCGAAUCAAGUGAAAGCAGCGGAGAGCCUACCGUAUUUAGCGAGAACUGUAUCCAACGAAAUCUACGAGCAGAUCACCUACAAUUUCUCGGACUUUGUGCGUAGUUGUCGGCUGAUGGGGAAGCCAUGUGGGGCUAGCAACUUCGUCGAACGCGACCAAAGCAGCUACGGGCGAUGUUAUACCCUAGAUCCGGAAUUUCAAGACGGAUUUGCAGUGCCCAGAAGGGGCCCGGAUUACGGAUUGACACUGUUACUAGCAUCGAGCCCAGAUGAUUAUUUAUCGCUUACCGAAAGCGAGGGAUUUCGUGUGGUUAUUCAUGAAGAGGGCAGCCGUUCUUUCACUACCACGACUGGCUUUGAUAUACCGGCUGGGUUGUACACGAAAUUUGCCAUUCGAGCGUUCCGAACGCUCCGCCUGAACCAGGGCUCGAACGUUUGCGUGGAUGGUACUGUAAUUCCGAGGUUGUAUACUGGAAAAUAUACCAUCGAGGGCUGCCAGCGCGAAUGCGCCCAAACGGCCAUCGUGAAGAAGUGUGGGUGCUCCGAUCCUCGGUACCCGACUUUUAACGCGAAUGAUAGUUAUUGUGGGCUGGAGAAUAAUGAACAGAGAAACUGCGUGAACGACGCACAGGAAGCCGUUUUGGCCUGUGAUUGCCCUAGUCCGUGCGAUCGCCUCCUAAAGGGACUACGAAAACAAGCAAACGAGUCUUCGGUACUGUAUGCCAUUUUAGAGGUAUUCUUCGACGAGACGUUGGUGGAAACGAUUGUUGAAGCUGAUGCGUAUCAGUUCGCUACCUACCUUUCUGACCUGGGCGCUACUUCCGGCUUCUGGCUGGGAAUCUCUGUCGUUUCUGGAUUUGAGAUACUAUUGUUAAUCUACGAUCUAGGAAAGGCUAUGUAUGGCCAGCUAGAGAUCAGAUUGCUUCACCUCCGCUUCCGGCACCUCGAGCAGCCGGUUAGCCCGGUUUUUACAAUUGAUGAGCCUGACGCCCUCCCACUACGCGCCGUUCCUCUGAACCGGGACUGGGACCCGAGGACGGGCAGAUAUCGCUCGGAGAAGCCGGGACUGGCCGAGGACAGGGCUCGACGCUACCGUAUCCUCGCCCGGAUUCAGGGACUGCGACUUGGGAAUCGGCACCGGAUGCCAAAUACGAGAUUGCCGAUU